AUGCCUGCUUUCCAGCCCAUCCAAAGCAACGGAAAGCGGAAAUCUGACCAACAGGAGUCUCAAAGUCGCAAACGUCAAGCAUUGGAUACAGGAACUGCUGGCAGUUCUGAAUACUGGAUGGUUCAAUGGAGAAACCAUCAGAGCAAGAAACACAAAACAUGGGAGGGAGAUGGCGUCCUCGUUGUUGAAGGAUCGCAGGCCACUCUCUUUGAUACGGAUGGAAAGCAGCUAGGGCAGGCCGCACGCCCAGCUUCACUUUACGAAGGGCUAGAAAUGAGCAUCGGUGGGAAGGAUGUCGGUCUGGAAUGUCCCACGACUCGAGCAGAAUACCGUUCCGGCACAUGUUUCGGUCAAGCGUCUGCUGUCUCUGCGCCACUAGUGGCUUCCACUGGUCCCUCAAAGGCUUUUGCACCACUCAAACUGUCGACACUACCACGGCCGAAACCUGUUUCGAUGGAGAAGAAAGGCAUACCUCUGGAACAAGUCGAUCUUCUUUCAACGCCGUGCAAAUCCCCAACCAAGGAGAACAUUGUAAGUCAAGAAAGUCACUGGACCGCAAAUUGGAGGAAGGUGGGUAACAAGAAGAACUGGGAGGGCGAUGCCUUUGUCUCGCAUACCGGAAAAAUAGUCACCUUCAUUUCGGAGACAGGCAAAAAACUUUCUACGUCGGCAUGGAAAGGUACCCCAUUACAAAGUGGACAAACGCUCUAUUUUGGCGGCAAGGAAGUGCAACUUCUUAGUCAGGUUUCUCUCUCCGAGCUGCCUAGUCACUCUGGAGAUGUCAAUACUCCCACAAAUCUGCGGCCUCUUGCUCUUUCAGGAGCGAGCGAAAGUGUCAAGAAGUUUGCCACUCCUCUGUCGACAGGCGGUGUUUCCCCGGCGACCUUUUAUGGAUCUGUGAAGAAGCCCGCCAAGCCACUGCAUGAUCCUGACGCAGAAGGUGCGAUAGUCAUGAAGGCUCCGACCAAGGAACACAUUCAAAAAUAUAACAAGAAGAAUGGAGCUAUCGUGCCUGUCGUCCUUGAUCCCGUCAUCGCCAGUAAAUUACGACCUCAUCAAAUUGAAGGUGUGAAAUUCAUGUAUGAAUGUGUUAUGGGCCUUCGGAAACACGAAGGUAGAGGGUGCAUACUUGCAGAUGAAAUGGGUUUGGGGAAGACCUUGCAGACGAUCAGUUUGGUUUGGACGCUGUUGAGACAAAACCCCUACUCUGGCACGGGCCCGGUGGUCGAAAAGGUCUUGAUCGUCUGCCCCGUUUCAUUGAUAAACAACUGGAAAGCCGAGUUCUACAAGUGGCUAGGUAGAGACAGAGUGGGAGUGACCGUUUGCGAUAAGGAGAAGAACGCGGUUCCCGUGUUCAUCAAUUCAAAACCUCAAAAGGUCUUGAUAAUCGGGUACGAACGACUUCGUACCGUAAUAAAAACCUUGUCCGCUUGCGUGCCACCAAUCGGGUUAAUCAUAUGCGACGAAGGACACCGGUUAAAAUCUGCUAACAACAAAACUACCACAAUGUUUGACGCUUUGCGGACGCCCAGAAGAAUAAUCCUCUCCGGUACACCUAUUCAGAACGAUUUGGGCGAGUUUCAUGCGAUGGCUGACUUUUGCAACCCUGGACUACUCGAUGAAUACAGCGUGUUCCGUCGCAUCUACGAGGCGCCUAUUCUGAAAAGUCGCGCACCAGACUGUACACCAAAGGAUACAGAAGUUGGAGAAGCACGUCUGGCACAGCUGAUGUCAGUCGCCAAGAGUUUCGUUUUACGAAGAGAAGCAAAAAUUCUUGGAAACUAUCUACCGCCGAAACACGAAUAUGUUGUUUUCGUUACGCCUACGACCCUUCAGGUGUCUAUAUUCUCGAAACUCCUACAACCCGACAAAUUGGAUGAUCUUGUACAAGGAUCCACGGCCGAGUCAUUGGCCCUCAUGAACUUACUAACGAAAGUUAGCAAUAGUCCCAUCCUUCUCAAGGCUACAGCCGACAAGGAAGGGUCUGGUGGUGAGCAAGCCAACACCAUACGAAAGCGGAGUGUAAGGGAAGCCCUCGACUGUAUUCCUGACACGGCCCAACUCGACGACAUGUCACUAAGUGGAAAAUUGUUGGCUUUGUCUCGUCUGCUAGGGCACAUUAAAGACACGACGGAGGAGAAAUGUGUUCUAGUUUCUCACUACACGUCCACUCUCAACAUUCUCGAAGCAUACUGCAAGAAGAUGCACUAUAGCUACUAUCGACUCGAUGGGCAAACACCAACAGCUAAACGUCAAGAAUAUGUCAACACAUUCAACAAGACAAGUCAGACUAGCAGCUUCAUUUUCUUGCUGAGUUCGAAGGCAGGAGGUGUCGGGAUCAAUCUUAUUGGCGGGUCUAGACUAUGUUUGAUUGACUCGGACUGGAAUCCAAGUCAUGACUUGCAGUCAAUGGCAAGAUGUCACCGGGACGGCCAGAAGAGACCUGUCUACAUAUACAGAUUCUUGACAGCAGGUACCAUUGACGAAAAGAUAUACCAGCGCCAAGUUACCAAACUAGGCUUGAGCAACUCUCUCAUGGGAUCAGCCUCCGGUUCCUCCAAGAGCGACUCGUUUACCCGAAAAGACCUUCGCGACAUCUUCCGGAUCCACCCAGACACGCUCUGCAACACCCACGAACUCCUCGAGUGCCCUUGCGAUGUUCAGUCUGUAGCAUCGUCUUCUCAACCCGAACUCAGCCCAGAAUCGGAUGAUGACGAUUCCGACUCUGAGUCGCAUAAAGGCUUCAUGGUAGCAUCCCAGGUCAGCGUGAGCAAGCUGAAUAAGAUGGAUAAAGCUUACGCACAGAAGAAGAAGGAGGGUCUGGCGGCCCUUGGUGAAUGGAAGCACAUCAACUGCAUGGGCAGCGAUAACCACACAGAUAUCCAAGACAAUAUCCUCCGAGAAAUAAUGCAUGUUCCCGAACCCAAGCUAAGGAAGGACUCGCAGUCGCGGACACAGCGUCUGAUAGCCCAGUUGGAUACAGUUGGGGCGAAUGGCAUACGUGGGGUUCCUGGUGGUACCAUCUCGUUCCUCUUCCAGAAGAGUACUGAGGGAGCCGGCUCGGGCGGCCCAAAUUUCGAGGUCUAAAUUGUUGCAAUAUAUCAAGACUUACGGACAUUUCUUUAGACAGCAAUUGUAUAGUACAUACACAUUCCAGCAGUGCUUCGUUGUAUAUUGUAACGAUAUCUUACGCAUACAUUUAAUUGAUAUAGUCAUGACUUCCCAACCCUAGCACUACCAGGUGGGUAGCCAUUUAUUAUCUCCGGGCUAAUGAACUUAACAUGCGAAUAAUUUCGGUACCGGUGUCAACAACAUCAUCGCGACCGGCUAUUUCACAAGUGUUGAUUAUGAGUACAUCUUCGAUGA